UCUUCUCCUUUUAGUGUUAUGGCUCCAAAAUCCCUUUAUCACUCAGGCACUGGGAUGAAGUACAGCACAGCAGCAGAUAAUACUUAUAUAAUACCAUUUUCCUUAUUAUUCACUCACUUAAUGCCUGUAAUGGCUUUUCCCAUGCCUGUACAAGGAAUAUCUUAGUAUGUUCAAUUAUUUUAUUGUUUUCUCUGUUAUUUUGUAGUCUUAGUGCUUUACAUAUCAUCCCCUCAGCUACGUCUUCCUCCUCUCGCUUUCUAAGCCACUCCUCUUCACCUACUAUUGCUAUUAUGGACUCUAUCAACUUGCUCCUCUGGUGUUCAUGCAUAUUGCAUUCUAUGAGAAAAUGUUCUAUUGUCUCCUGCCCUGUACAACAACAACGGAUUUAAUCCUGCUCAUCUCUGUUCCUCUGGCCUUCACCUCUAAUAUCUGGCCUUUACUAGCAGCUUGCUGGCCCAGUCUCCUGAGUGCCAGUGUAAUGCUGCAGGUUAUUCUUUCUUCCUGUAUCAUCUAAGGGUAGACUUGCCUUCCAUACCUAACUGCCACCUAGCUCUACCACCUAUUCUUUUCCUCAUCUUCAUUGUGAUCUUGUGCCAACCUUCUUCCAGGUUUUCUUUACGUUUCCAUCUUUCCAACUCUUUUCUAGGAUGAGUUUCCACCACCUUCUUUCAAAAUCAUUUUGGCUCAUCAAUUAUCAUUACGUUGUUCGAUUUUCUUGAGGAAUGUGAACUUUCUUUUUAGGAUCCUCUCCCCCCCAGUUGCGUCCUGCCCGCUGUGUCAGGACUCUAUUUUUUCCGCUCCGCUUGUUUACAUGAGUGGCUGCCCUCUAAAACAGAAAUCUGAAGUGGCUUUGAGUGAUCACGCCUACUCAGUGGCUACUGAGGGAGGUCUAGGCUCGAUUUGUCAACCCCAAAUAGGAGGCCUUGAUAGUUUAGACGACAAGGGCAAGCGACCCUGCCCAGGCCUCGUAACAGGGUGGUCGGCACGUGCUCCUCCCAGCAGGACAAAGCACCAUGCCCGCCGAGGAUCUUCUCGUGGUGGAAGACGGCUUAGCUUUCCCUGGAAGAUACAGAUAUUGUUGAGAACCCUCGACCCGCACCAUCUACCUAAGGCACAGAGACUCUGUCACCACAAUGCAGGACUCUCUCAACCUUCUGGCUGCCAAGUGUGAAGAACUCGGCUUCACCAUCUCCCACACCAAGACGAAGGCGAUGUCUCACACACGAUCCACUCCGCCUACCAAGAUGAGACUGCAGGGCCAGGAUUUAGAUUGGGUGGCCACCCAUCGAUAUCUUGGCGUCAUGGUUACCCGUAAUAACACCUGCAAAGCUGAGAUUCAGCAUUUGAAGGGCAAGUGCCGGGCCAGAAACAAGGUUUUGAAGGCGCUGUCAUGGCGUGGAAUGGGAGCAUCGGGCAGAGUUAUAAUGAGUGUCUACAAGUCUCUCGUGCGGUCACUCAUAGACUAUGCCAGCCCUGCUUUACUCAACAUGACAAGCAAUGAUGCUAAGGGCCUUGAAACCAUCCAAAAUGAGGCGUUAAGAAUAGCCCUGGGAGCCCCGAAGUGGACGAAGGUGGACAAUUUAAGGAGUGAGACACAGGUACCUCCGCUUACACAAAGAAUAAACACUGUGAUCGCCAACCUCCUUAUCAAGACUGCCAUCAGAGGCCACCCAGAUCACCUACACACACUUCUACACAACCACCGUGAGCAGGGGAACCAAGGCAGGUGGUUUAAACGAGCGGUGGAAGCCCUCGACAGCUCUGGGGUCACCUGGGGGACAUUACUCACCGCUGCCGCCCCUACCGAGGCUCAAAAUGCACCCCCGUGGGAAACGACAUGCAUCACCACCAUCAUCAACCCACCACGGAAAAAGAAAAUCCUGUGUGCAAUGGCAGAACUGCAGCAAGAAGGGUUCCAUACCAUAAGCGCCGCCCAGAGGGCACACACUGCUACAUACUUCACCGACGGAUCCACUGAUCCGGUGACAGGGCGGUCUGGGGCGGCGUAUGUAUGCAAGACCGACAAUGGGCGCGCGGCAGUCUCCGCCAUCACCACCACCGCCUCUGCUCGAACAACUGACUUCUCCUCCUCCACACAAACUGAAUUAGCUGCGAUAGUAAUGGCACUUGAACACGCCUACACCUACCACUGCCGGAAUGUACUUAUUGCCACGGACUCCAUGACUGCCAUUGCAGCGAUAAACAAGCAGGAUGGAGAAAACAUCACACAAACCCGAGUCAUCUGGAAAACAGCAAGAGCCAUCCACAAUGCGGGCAGAAGUGUCACUCUUGCGUGGAUACCAUCCCACGUGGGAAUCUCAGGAAAUGAAGAAGCGGACGCCCUCGCCAAACGGGCAGCCAGUGACGCAACGGUGGCCACAGUCAUCCCCAGGACGUUGAAUCAGCUGAGAGGAGCAGUGAAAGCCCACGCAGAGAGGCAGCGACAGCAGGAACAACACGACCAGGGGAGCGAGAGCGUCCGAUGGUUCCGCCAGAUUGCCGCAGGCUGCCCGCCCCCAGCCCGAAACUUCCCGAGCCGCCUGUGUGAGGUGGUGACAUACAGGAUACGUCUCGGGUACCCUUACCCGUGGCAACUCGGCUUCGCGACAUCGGAGGAGGAGACACGAUGACGACUGUGCGGUGCGCCGGAGGGACACAGUCUUGAACACUACCUGAGGGACUGUGCUCAUCCCUCACACCUCAGAAAACAGUGCCCCACACCUUCACCUACACUAUCCGAACUGGCAAACCACUUUAUUGCGAUUCUGCCACAAACAUUAAGGGAAUACCCGAAAUUUUGUGCAAUCAAAUGAGACAAGCACGUUUGUGAUAGUGCACUAACGAAUGGUGCCUCAAAUAAAACUAGUGCCUACAAAUGCUGUGAUUUUACAUUUAAUUUAUUUAUGUAAUCAAACAUCAUCCUGAUAAGACU